AUGGGAGCAUCCAGCACGUCCGUCAGUGCUCGAUGGCUCUUUGGUGGUGAGAAAACACCUUCAGCUGUUGUUCUCACGGCAGCAAUCAUCCUCCCUCUCCUUUUUGUGGGUUUGAAGAAACUUCUUUAUCCAAUAUUCGAUUCACGCGAACCUCCGGUUCUGAGACCACGGAUUCCCUUCAUCGGCCAUAUCGUGGAUAUGAUCAGGGAGCGUAGCAGCUGGUAUAUCAGGAUAUAUAAGGAGAAUCCUUUGCCGAUUUGUACUUUGCCCAUGCUCCACGGCAAAAUGUACGUCAUCAACGCUCCCGAUCUCAUCACAGCAGCUAUGAAAAACGGUGAUAUCAGCUUCGACCCCUUCUUGCUUGAGGUCCCUGUCGGUUUGUUCGGUUUGAGCAAAAAGUUGUCGGACAUAAUCGAGCAGCGACAUGUCAUAGAUGGUCUCUUGAACGUCAUUCACUAUACCUUGAUGGGAGACCAUCUUUCCAGGAUGAACAUCACAGCGCUGACCAAGAUGAUGGAAACCCUCAAUGACGUCGGUCCACACCCGGUUGAACUUUCGGACGUAUAUGAGUGGUCAUGGGAUGUCUUGGGCAAUGCCACCAUGGUAGCGAUCUUUGGAGAGAAGAACCCACUUACCCCUGAACAUCUGCAUCUGAUAAGAAACAGGGACUUUGAUGAGGGUAUUGCGAGAUUCGCCAUCGGCGUCGCGCCCAGAUUGAUUGCUCCGGGACCUCUACGCGCUCGCGAAAAAAUAAACACCCUACUUGAAUCAUUCUACGCAGCGGGCUAUGAGACGCGUCCCGAUGUAUCAUCCAUCAUUCAAAAACGAACUGAGAUUCUCCGAAGAGAAGGAUUCAAUGACCGCGACCUUGGCAUUCAAGAGAUUACCAUUCCUUGGGUUGCAACGACCAACACGAUCGCUGUACUGUACUGGCUCUUUGCACACGUCUUUUCUGUCCCUGAGUAUACGCAAAGAAUCCGCGAUGAAAUGGAGGCUAUUUCCGUCAUCGCUAACACCAACGAAAAAGGCCGCGUGGGAACAAUCUCAGUCAAAGAGAUGAACAAAGAGUGCACCUUUCUCUAUGCCUGCUACCGCGAGACUCUGCGUCUGUACAUCCACAACACUGGCCAACGACGCGUGGUCAAAGACACGACUAUCAAGGAUCAAGGAGGUCGAGAAUAUCUUCUCAAGGAGGGCAUUAACGUUCAGUGGCCUGGUAGUCUCACACACAUGACUGACUCUGUAUGGGGUGACGACGCCUGGACUUUUCGACCAGAGAGAUUUCUUGAGGUGUCACCGCAGGAAGAGAAACAGCGUCGUGGUGCUUAUAUCCCAUUCGGCGGAGGCAAACAUCUGUGUCCAGGACGAAACUUUGCUUUGUCGGAAAAUAUGGGCUUUGUUGGUAUUCUGGCUCUUGGAUAUAACAUUGAAGGGGUGCGUGUGCCCAAAUCUGAAGAUCCUGGCAUAGGAUUAGGAUCGAGAAAGCCCAUCGGCGGGGCAGCGCUUCGGAGUGCCAAGGUUUCGAGGAGAGUCGGAUGGGAAGACGUAACCUGGGAGUUUGUUGAGUGA